GUUCAUCUGUCAUGACAAGAACUCAAAACUUAAUGGAGACAAUGGUUUUAUUUCCUAUCAAAUUAGUUUGAUUCCAUUUAGUUAAACACACAGUGGAAAGAACAGCAGAAAAGAGUAAAGAACUGAACCUGGGCAAAUCUGAUCUGGUCUAACUGAAGUAGCUUGUGAUGUUGCAGAACAACAUGACUGAUGAGGAGACAAUGGACCCUAACUCUGAUUACUAUACCCAAGAAUAUGGCAACGAGUUGUGUGUCAAAGAGGAGGUGGUGAAAGUCGGAUCCAUUAUUAUUCCAGUCUUUUUCACAAUAGUGGUUGUGUUAAGCUGCAUCGGUAAUAUCCUUGUUCUGGUCAUCCUGGCGCUCUAUGAGAGUCUCAAAUCCCUGACCAACGUGUUCAUCCUCAAUGUAGCUCUGUCAGAUCUGCUGUUCACGUUUGGACUUCCAUUCUGGGCCUCGUACUACAUCUGGGGUUGGACGUUUGGAGAAAGUGGCUGUAAAGCAGUGAAGUUUCUGUUCUAUGUUGGCUUUUACAGCAGUGUGUUGUUCUUGACUCUCAUGACCAUUCAGCGUUACAUGGCAGUGGUUCAUCCUCUGUCUGACUGGGAGAAAUGCAGAGGAUUUUCUGUCGCUCCUUUCAUUGUUUGGAUCCUGAGUGGAGCAGUUUCACUGUUUGGCUCACUUCAUAGCAAAGUUAUACCACAUUUUAAUAGUACAUACUGUGAAUAUGGCACUACUGAAAUGAAAUCUGGCAUUGUUUAUUUUCAAAAUGCUUUCUUCUUCAUUGCAUUUCUAAUCAUGGGUUAUUGCUAUGGCAGAAUGCUUCAGACGAUAACAAAAUCACGGACCAAUAAGAGACACAAGACUGUAAGACUAAUAUUCUGCAUUGCACUGGUGUUUUUUGUUGGUUGGGCUCCAUAUAAUAUUGUUAUGUUCUUAAAAUCUUUGACAGAUCAGAAUAUCAAGCCAUUCACAGAGUGUGGAGUAAGCAUUGGACUCGACUAUGCAUGUUAUGCUUGCCGAAUGUUAGCUUUUACACACUGUUGCUUGAACCCUGUGUUUUACGUUUUUGUUGGUGUAAAGUUCAGGAAUCAUCUAAAACUGAUUCUGCAGAAGAUCUUUAAAAAAAAAAAAAAACUCGAUUCCAGUCAAGCCAGAUUGGCAAAAAAUCAAUCGCUGGGUUCAAUGUACUAAGAGAAAACUCAAGUACUUUUACCGAAUGCAGUGAAUCAACAAUGAGCUCUAAGAUGUUGUGAAUGUGUGAAUGAUGUACAUCACUCUUAAAAAUAAAGGUUCCAACAGGAGGUUUUUGCGACGAUGUCAUAGAAAAACCAUUUUUAGUUUCCCAAAGUGCCUUUCCGUGGUCAGUGCUUACAAGAACGAUUUUCUCUUAGUGUGAAGAAUGUUUUAGUAACCUAAAGAAACUUUUUCCAUUAUAAAGAACCUUUUGUGCAAUAGAAAGAUGUUCCAUCGAUGUUAAAGGUUACUAAGCCAUCAACUUGACCAUGAAAAUAAACAAUAAAAAACCUUUAUUUUUAAGAGUGUAGAGAUACUGUUGUAGCUACUGUAGCAUUGUUUUAUUAUUAUUAUUAAUGUGCUGCACUUGAUUAUUUGAAGAAUUUAUUGAGUCAUUGCACAGCUACUGCCGAUAUGAUUGCAAUAAUUUAAUAUGCAUGACUAAAAUUUUAAAAAAUGAAUGAAAUGUUGCCACUUUUCAGGAAAAUUCCUCUCUUCAUCAAGCAGCAAGAGCAUUCAGUUAUGAGAAAAUCAUGUUUUAAAUUAUAACCUAUAUUUUUCUUCCUAUUUGUGGUUGAAGUUCUCAUUACGAGGUCAUAUAAAAAUAUAACUGGAAGUAUGUAAUGAAAAAACCACUGACAAAUGUUCCAUUUUCAUACAUGUCGUCAUUUAUGCAGAAAAUAUUUUCACAUGAAAUUAAAAUACAUUUAUAUAUA